GCACGGUCACAUGGAGCAGCAGACUAGCCAGGCUGUAGGCUAGAGGUGACUCUAAAUGCGAACAACAGGGAGAAAAAGAAACACAUUAGUCGAGUUUUUGCAAAAAAAGGGCCUCGACUCAGGAAAAAGGCCCAGAGUUUUCACCUGGAAACCUGUUUUAAUCAACCAAUGUAGAGUUAUUGGAUGUCACAACAAACAUGUGUUCACUGACAGCGAAUGUGACCCGGAUGUCAGCGCUACCUGCUACUUAUAAAGGUUGUUUGGACUCUCUUGGCUGAUAAGUUUGAACAAAAGCCUUUUCAAUCUGCAUGAGGAAGCAACAAGAGCACCUUGGACCCGUGCCAGAAAACAAACCAAGAUGGAGCCGUCCGAUCAAAAGCACUUCCAAGUGGCAGACUAUGUUGUGUUUGCUCUUUUGCUGGCAGCCUCUGCAGGCAUCGGGCUGUACUACGCCCUGUCUGGGGGGCGGCAGCGCACCACGCAGGAGUUCUUGAUGGCAGACAGGAACAUGCGAUGCCUUCCCGUCUCCCUCUCGCUCAUCGCCUCCUUCCAGUCGGCAGUGGCCAUCAUCGGCGUCCCGGCUGAGAUUUACACUCAUGGCACCCAGUACUGGUUCAUCGGCUGCGCUUACAUCCUAGGGCUUUUAAUUCCUGCUCAUGUUUUCAUUCCAGUGUUGUACAGACUACGACUCUCCAGUGUUUACCAGUAUCUGGAGCUGCGGUUCAACAAAGCAGUACGCAUCUGUGGAACUCUAACAUUUAUCUUUCAAAUGGUUGUCUAUAUGGGUGUUUGUGUGUACACCCCUGCUUUCGCACUGAAUGCAGCCACUGGAUUCCAGCUGUGGGGAACAGUGUUAGCAACUGGACUAGUCUGCACUUCAUACACAACAAUGGGCGGCUUGAAGGCUGUCAUCUGGACGGACGUCUUUCAGACGGUGGUGAUGUUCGCCGGUCAGCUUGCUGUCAUCAUUGUGGGAGUACAGCGGACCGGGGGGGUGUCUGAGGUGUGGAGGAAAGUGAAGGAGGGAAACCGAAUAUCUGGACUGGACUUAAACCCGGAUCCUACAGAGAGACACACCUUCUGGACUCUGGGGGUGGGAGGGGUCUUCCUCAUGCUGUCCCUGUAUGGAGUGAACCAGGCUCAGGUCCAAAGAUAUCUCAGCGCGCGCUCAGAGAGAGAAGCUGUGAGGUCGUGCUACAUGGUGUUUCCUUCCCUUCAGCUGGCUCUGGCUCUCAGCUGUGUCAUGGGUCUGGUCAUGUUUGCUCGUUACUGUGGAGAGGACUUUUCUGAGAAGCUGGGAAGCUCUUCUCGAGACGCAAUGGUGAUAUACUUUGUGAUGGACAUGCUGCAAGGCCUGCCCGGACUGCCGGGACUGUUUAUCGCCUGUUUGUUCAGUGCGGCUCUAAGCACCAUCUCCUCUGCCUUCAACUCUCUGGCUACCGUGACGAUGGAGGAUCUCAUCAAACCACAUUUUCCAUCCAUGUCCGAAGCGAGAGCGACGCUGGUGUCCAAAGCUUUGGCGCUGUCCUACGGGCUGCUCUGUCUGGCCAUGGCUUACCUCACUCACCUGAUGGGGGACUCGGUGUUACUGGUAGCUUUAAAGAUCUUUGGGAUGGUCGGUGGACCGAUCCUCGGCCUGUUUUGUCUCGGCAUGUUCUUCCCAUGUGCCAACUCCAUUGGUGCAGUGGCUGGUCUGGGUGCAGGUCUGGGCUUCGCUUUCUGGGUCGGCAUCGGAAGCAUCGUCACUCACAGCUCUGGAGCAAAACGCCUGCCGCCCAGCUGUCACGUCAACGCAACGACCGCCAUUCAGACAGCUCUCACCAACGUAACAAGCCGCCCCACCGGCCUGCAGAGGUUUUACUCUUUGUCCUACAUGUGGUACAGCGCGUUCAACUGCCUAACCGUCAUUCUUAUCGGGCUGAUCAUCAGCUUCCUCACUGGCCCAAUGAAAGAAGAGGAGGCAACACCUGGAACACUCUAUCCCUUAUUAGGAAAACUGCUUUGUUUUCUGCCUGAACAUCUGAAAAAGAAGCUCUGCUGUGUGACUCCUCUGAUACAGUCUACUCCAACUCCACAAAGGCUUCAUUCAAGCAAAGAAAGAAAUGGCGCCGCCUCUAUGGGACACAUGCCAUCUCAGGAGCAGACUCAGGGGUUCCUUUCAGAGACCGACUCCCCGGUCAUUGAGUAUGAAACAGCCGUGUAACGUCGACCUGAUCUCCCACAGGAGGCUGUGCCCCCCCCCCCCCCCCCCCCCCCCACCC